GCAGCCGCACUUAACAGUGCCCAUUAAGGUCGAGGACAGCACGAACGGCUCCGUGUGGGCCCUGAACAACGUGGACGACGACGUGCCGCGCAACGGCAUGUCUCACAAUGGUGUUGGAGAUGAAAGAGCUCGACAGCUGAUGCGCGACGCGAGCGACCUCUUCGAAGGGCACAUCGCCGGACUGGUGAAAGCCUUUCAGCUGCUGCAGCAGCAAAGUAUCGAGCUGCUUCAG